AUGAGACAUCUCAACCCCGAGACUCCUUCUCUUGAUCACGAGAGCAACGAUGGAGGACAGGAGCCUUCAACCGUCAAACUGUCAUCUCCACCCCUCGAGAAAACAACUUCUAAAUCGUUCGAUUACGUCAAUAUUGAAAUGAUCGACAAGGAAUGGAUUUGUCCCAUCUGUCUCUUACCUUUCUAUGAUCCUGUGGUUCAUUCAUUGUGUCAAAAUACCUUUUGUCGUGAUUGUGUGAGUUCUCUUCAGAAAUGUCCAAUUUGUAGUGAAGGUGAAUUCAUGUCAGAAAAAGUGUCAGUUGCAAAAAUUGUUCGAAAUCAAUUGGACAAGUUGCAAGUGUUUUGUUCCAUGUGUAAGAAUGUUGUGAAUCGAGGUGAUUUGAAAGAUCAUCAAGAAAAGUAUUGUCCUCUUCAUGAUGCAUAUGCACAAGUGGAACAAAUGAAACGCGAUUUGCAACAACAAUUUGAAGAAAAGGUUGCCAAGUUGGAACUUGAAUUUCAAGAAAAGGAUGAAAAACAAAAGAAGGAAAACUCUCUCUAUUUAGAAGAAGAAAAGAACAAACUAGUUCAAGAAAAGAAUGAAAUGUUGAAACAAAUUGAACAAAUGAAACAACAAUUGGCAUUGGAACGAAAAGAAUUACAAGAAGAAAAGACCUCUCGUUUCAAAUUAGAAUACUCAAACAAACCCGUUCAUUUGAAUGUUGGAGGUCAAAUCAUGACAGUUUCAUUGGGUCACUUUUUAAGAAAUGAAAAAGAACCUGAGAAUUUAUUUGAGAAAAUGUUCACAGGAGAGCAUCCUUUGUAUGAAACACCAAGCACUGUAUUCACAGAUAAGGUCUACUUUGUGGAUUGUGAUCUCUCUAUCUUCAAAGAAAUUUAUUCAUGGAUGACCGAUGGAUGUGUGGAAGUAUGUAAGACCAACAAAACUCUCAGAGCUCAAGUUAUGAAAAAAGCAAAAACCUUCCAAUUGUACAACUUGAUGAAAGAGUUGGAGAAUAUUGAAGAUGACGAUGGUUCUUCAUCCUCCAAGUUGAAAAUGUCACAAAUUGAUUUCAUGAACAUGGUCAAUUUGUCAAGAUCUCAAAAAACCACGUUGAACUUGUCUGGAAUGGAUUUGAGAAGUUUGGUCAUGCAAAAUAUGAAUUUAACUCAUGCUGAAAUUAUUUCUUCCAACUUUAGCAAAAUGAAUUUGAAAGAUCUCAAACUCAACAAUUCUAUUUUAAAUGGUUGUAAUUUUUCAGGGUGUGACUUGAGCAAUGUGGAUUUCACAAAGUGUGAUUUGAGAGAUUCAAAUUUUUGUGGAGCUAGUUUGAAUUCCACCAAUUUCACCAAUGCUAAUCUUCAGGGAUGUAUGUUUGACAAGAACACAAAGUUCAUCUCAACCAAAUUUGAAGGUGUGAAUUUGACAAAUACUUCAUGGAAAGGAGUCAAAUUGGAUGGUUUUACAUUUUCCAGUAUUACUUUUUCCAAUUGUGACUUGAGUGAAAGCUCUCUUAGCAGUUGCACAUUCAAUUCCUGUAAUUUGAGUAACUCAAAGAUUCUCUCUGCUGCUCUCUCUGAAUGUAAAUUCCAAAACACAAAUCUUGAGAAUUGUAAUUUAAACGGAUCCAAGAUCAGUAAUUGUUCCCUUAAUGGAUGUAAUUGGGGGAAAUCAUCACUCACAAAGUGUGUAUUUUCGAGUUGCUCCUUCAACAAUAUUGAUUUUAGAAGUGUUAUUGUGGAUGAGAACACUAAAUUUAUGAAAUGCAAAAUUGAUAAUUGUAAUUUAAAAGAGCGAUCAGAUAUUACGCAAACAUUUUCAGACACAACUCCAUUAAUUACCUGUGAUGUGAGUGGUUGUGACAUGAGUAAUCUUGAUCUAAGAGGUUCUCUUUUCCAAAAUAUUUCUGACAUGAAUAUAUCAAGCUCAAAUCUUGAAGGAUGUACAUUCAAACAAGUCACUCUCCAAAAACUGAGACUUGAUUCCAAAACCAAUCUCUCUGGUUGUAAACUGGAACAAGUAGAUUUGAGUGUAUGUGAUUUAAGCGAGUAUAACUUGACCAAAUGUUCAUUUACUGGUUGCAAAUUUGAAUCAACUAUUCUUCAAAACACCAAUUUCUGUGGUACUUCCCUCAAUAACUGCUCAUUCAAAGAUGUUGAUUUGAGAACACUUGUUCUAGAUAUCAACUCUCAUGCCACACAAUGUUCCAUGCAAAAUGUGGACAUGUCUGGAAGAAAAGACAUGAAGAAUCUUGUUGUCGGAGGAAAUUUUUUCACAAAUUCGAAUUUGAGCCAAUGUGAUUUAUCAAACUCUGUUUUGAAAGGUUGCUCGUUUACACAUUGUCAACUCAAAGAAACCAAUUUAAGCUCAUGUGAUUUUAGAGAAUCUUUAUUCAAAGAACUAGCAUUUACAAAGAUCAUCGUUGAACAAACAUCAUUUUCUGGUUGUAAAAUGGAGCAAGUGAAUUUUGGGGAGAUGAAUUUGAAAGAUUUUACAUUUUGUAAUGGUGUUUUGAAAAACUGCAAUUUUUCAUUGAGUGAUUUAUCAAACACCAAUUUCUCAAAAUGUGAUUUGAGAUCAUCCAACUUUUGUGGCUCCAAUUUAAACUCAACCAAUUUCACAAAUGCCAAUCUUCAAGGUUGUUUGUUUGACAAAGAAACAGCAUUUGUUUCUACUCAAUUGGAAGGUGUGGCUUUAUCAAAUACUUCACUGAGUGGUUUGAAAUUUGAUGGAGUUGUUUUUGUAAAAUAUAAUUUCUCCAAUUAUGACCUUUCUAACGUUGAGUUGAACAAGUGUACUUUUGAUGGUUGCAAUUUUGACAAGACUAAAUUGGAAAAGGCAACAUUCAGGGAAUGCUCAUUUACCAACUGUACCUUCAAUAAUGUUGAUUUACAAACGAUUGUUGUGGAUGCUAAUACUCAUGCCACACUUUGUACCAUGCAGCAAGUGAAUUUAUCUGGAAGAAGUGAUGUGAAGAAUCUUGUUACAGGAGGAAAUUCAUUCACAAAUUCUAAUUUGAGUCAAUGUGAUCUGAGUAACAUGGUGUUGAAAGGAUAUUCAUUCGUGAAUUGUAUUCUAAAAGAAACUGAUUUUACCAGCUCUGACCUUUCAAACUCGAAUUUAAGACAAUGUGAUUUGAGAGGAACGGAAUUUAAACAAGUGAAUUUUUCUUCAUGCGAUUUUAAUGAUUGUGAAAUGGAUCACACAACUGUUUUCAAUGCAUGUGAUUUGUCAGGAGUGAAUUUUGACAACAAAUUGUUGAAAGGAGUGAAUUUCAUGAACAGUAUUUUUUCUUCAGCGUCAUUUAAAAACACAAAUUUAAAAGGAUGUAAUUUACAAGGUUGUAAUAUGACAGGAUGUAAUAUGAAAGGAUGUAAUAUGAAAGGAUGUACAAUGAAAGGAUGUAAUUUACAAGAUUGUAACAUGAACGGAGCGAAUUUACAGAAUACUACAUUCGAAAAUAGUGAUCUCAAGAGAUGUGACAUACAAGACUUGAAAGUGGACGAAAUGAAAAUUUCAAAUUGCCAAUCUGAGAAUAAUUUUUAUGCAAGCACCAUUUUGAAUUCCAAAGCAGCUUUCUUGAUAUCAUCCAGCCUCAAAUUGAAAAAAGGAGACAAAGGAUGUCUGUUAUAUCGUGGAAGUAGAGAUGGAUUCACUCCACAAGCAUUUCAUUCCAAAUGUGAUUCAAAAUCACCAACUCUCACAAUUAUCAAAUCAGCAGAACAUAAUCAAAUCUUUGGAGGUUUUACCACACAAACAUGGGACCACACUGGUCGAUACAAACGAGAUACCGAAGCAUUUAUUUUCAAAUAUCAUGAUUCAACAAGCACUUUUGAGAUUUUACCUGUCACAAAUUCUGAUAUGGCUAUUUAUACCGAUUCCUCUUACCUUGCAUGUUUUGGAGGUGGGUUUGAUAUUGGUAUUGCAGACAAGUGUAAUGAAAAUACGAAAAGUUAUAGCAAUUUAGGAUACAGUUACAGCAUUCCUGAAUCAUUGAAAAAACAAAACUUGAAACAAGGAGAUACUCCAGUUCAAUCUUAUUUAGCAGGAUCUCGCAACUUCAGUGUCUCUGAAAUUGAAGUGUAUCAAUUGUAA